AUGCACUGUUCCUGUCACAAAGCUGGCAGCAUCACUGAACAAAAAAAUGGUCGACUGCACCACAUCGUUGAGUGUGCCCAAGCGCUGGAGAGGAAUGGCUCUGGAAGCAGCCUCCCUGUCGACCAUCAACAACCUUCUCAUGCCCUCGGUGCUGCUGAUGGGUCCAGGCGCAAUGCAGUUGGUUCUGAUGCCCAAGGGCCCAAGCUCCACAGCAAGAGCAUUCGACAACGCAUCAACACCAGCUUUGGCUGCUCCAACAUGGGCCUGGAAGGGCACUCCAUAGUAGUGAAAUGUCGCAGACACAAACAACACCACGCCCCUGUGUUGUCGAAGCUGGUCNAAGCAGCACUUGACUGUGUUGAACGAGCCCAACAAGUCGAUGUCCACCACAGACUUGAAGGCGUUGGCCGAGAGGUGGUUGAAGUCAGCAAGAAAAUUACCAGCAGCACCACACACCACGUAGUCGAUACGCCCCAAACGCAGCACAGCUCUGUCGACAGCCCUCUUCAACGAGUGGAUGUCUCUGACGUCUGUGGAGCCACACGCAACAACUCUGGAGCCAGAACGAGUCCUGGCGAUUUCAGCAGCAGCAGCCUCAGUCUUUGCAGCGUUUCUGCCCACAAUGGCAGCAUCACAGCCCAACAACACCAUGGCCUUAGUCUGGGCCUUGCAGAUUGUUCCAGCACCUCCAGUCACCAAGACCACCUUGCCCUUGAAGAGCUGGGGGUUCCAGCAGUGGAUGUCGAAGUCAGGGUCUGA